CGAGUCUGUUAGAGGAUGGCACCUGCAGCUGCUGGUGGUAAAGUCUUCCUGUACCUCACAGAAGAAGGGAAAUCAAAGACAACCUGCAGCAGGGGCAAUCCUUCUGGUAGAUUCCCCACCACAGCGCCUCGCUUUGCGGCCAUCACCGUGAGGGGAAAGCGGUUAGCGCCGCUUGGCCUGGUCCCUUUCGUGAGAGGUCCUACUGAGGAAGAACCCUGUCACAAGCACCACUUUGAGCAGGACGCCCAAGUUGUGCAUUAGGGCCCCGCCCCGGCCCCGCCCCGGCCCCUCCGGCAGGCAGGCAGGCAGGCAGGCCGGCCCCCGUGUCGUGCCAGGCUUCUGCGCUUUGCGGCUCGCUCCCUGGCGGGAGAGGCGGAACGGGAGGCGGAGAGUGGCAGCAGAGUGUCGGAAAAAGACCUCCCAGCGCCAGAGUGCGCUUUACGGCCCAGCGGCUGUGCACGUCAACAGCUAUGGCGGAAGGGGAAGCGGUGCCGCCGCCGCUGUCGUGCAGCUGGGAAAAAGAUCUUGCAGACGCUCUAGAAGAAGGAGGCUGUGAUCUGGAAACUGUCAGAAGCAUCAUUCAAGGAAGGCCAUUGCCUGCUGAUCUGAGGGUCAAAGUCUGGAAGAUUGCACUUAAUAUUGUAGGAAAGGGGGACAGCCUAGCAUCCUGGGAUGGUUCUUUAGACCUACCUGAACAAAGUAUCAUUCAUAAGGAUUGCCAAGAGCUAAUUGACCAUCUGUCAGUGCCAGAAGAGGAGAAGUCAGUAUUGCUUUUGGAUAUUGAGUCUGUUAUUACAUUUUAUUGUAAAUCACGUAAUGUUAUAUACAGCUCUUGCCUCGGCUGGAUACAUCUACUAAAACCUCUGGUGCACCUUCGUUUGCCACGCAGUGAUUUGUACAACUGCUUUUAUGCCAUCAUGAAUAAAUUCAUUCCAAGAGAUUGUUUUAUGAAGGGAAGACCAUUUCAUCUAUUUAGACUGCUUCUUCAGUACCACGAACCUGAACUCUGCUCUUUUCUUGAUACUAAGAAGAUGACUCCAGACUCAUAUGCACUCAACUGGCUUGGAAGCCUCUUCUCAUAUUACUGUUCAGCUGAAGUCACUCAGGCAAUAUGGGAUGGAUACCUACAACAAGCAGAUCCAUUUUUUAUUUAUUUCUUAAUGUUAAUCAUCCUUGUCAAUGCAAAAGAUGUUAUCUUAGCACAAGAAUUGGAUAAAGAAGAAAUGAUAAAAUUCUUAGAAACUUCACCAGCCAAUCUCAAUUUAGAGGAUAUAGAAGAUCUCUUCUCCUUGGCACAGUAUUACUGUAGCAAAACUCCAGCUUCUUUCAGGAAGGACAACCACAGUCUCUUUGGCAGCAGCUUGCUGGGCCUCAAAGAUGAUGAUACAGACUUGAGCCAGGCUCUCUGUCUAGCGGUUUCUGUGUCUGAGAUUCUUCAAGCAAAUCAGCAACAAGGAGAAGGAGUAAGGUUCUUUGUAGUGGACUGUCGUCCUGCAGAGCAAUACAAUGCUGGGCAUUUAUCAACAGCAUUUCAUUUGGACUCAGAUUUGAUGCUUCAAAACCCAUCAGAAUUUGCACAGUCUGUAAAAUCCCUGUUAGAAGCACAAAAACAAUCUAUCGAGUCUGGUUCCGUAGCUGGUGGGGAACACCUCUGCUUCAUGGGAAGUGGUAGGGAAGAAGAAGAUAUGUAUAUGAACAUGGUGCUAGCACACUUCUUACAGAAAAAUAAGGAGUAUGUAAGCAUUGCCAAAGGAGGAUUUAUGGCCCUCCAGCAGCACUUAGCAGAUAUCAAUGUGGAAGGACCAGAAAAUGGAUAUGGCCACUGGAUCGCUAGUACCUCAGGCUCAAGAAGUAAUACAAACUCUUCUGUUGAUGGCGAUUCUCCUAAUGGUUCAAGUGAUGGAAAAGGAGUGAAGUCCCUGGUAAAUAAAAUGACGGUUGCUUUGAAGACUAAAUCUGUGAAUGUGAAAGAGAAAGUCAUCAGUUUUAUUGAAAAUACAUCUACUCCAGUGGACAGAAUACCUUUCAAUAUUCCCUGGCCAGACAGAGCAAGCCUGGAGCGACACGUUAGCAGCAGCGACAGAGUGGGAAAACCCUACCGCGGUGUGAAACCAGUGUUCAGCAUUGGAGAUGAAGAAGAAUAUGAUACUGAUGAAAUUGACAGCUCCUCAAUGUCAGAUGAUGAUCGAAAAGAAGUCGUCAACAUCCAGACAUGGAUUAAUAAACCUGAUGUGAAGUAUAACUUCCCCUGUAACGAAGUAAAAGAAAAUGGACAUAUGUUUCCCAGUCAUCUCCUAGUAACAGCAACUCAUAUGUACUGUUUGAGAGAGAUUCCUUCACGAAAGGGACUGGCUUACAUACAGUCUCGGCAGGCACUCAACUCUGUAGUCAAAAUCACAUCCAAGAAGAAACACCCGGAACUGAUCACCUUUAAGUAUGGAAAUAGCAAUACUUCAGGCAUAGAAAUUCUGGCAGUUGAAAGGUAUUUGAUUCCAAAUGCAGGUGAUGCUACCAAAGCCAUAAAGCAACAGAUCAUGAAAGUAUUGGAUGCCUUGGAGAGUUAAUAAAUACAGACUUUGUAAAGAACAGUUUAUAAAGAAGAAACAACCAAGAUACUGUAUGUGGACACAAGCUGACUGUUUCCUAACUGAAUACUAACUUGAGAAUUUUUUCUGUUUCCUGAUGGGAGUGCCUGAGUAGCAGGCCUAAGAUAGGGUAAAUUAUUAUCAGUUUCUGAACAGGAUUUUAAAACCUUUUUUAUUACUUUUUUUGUUGUUGUUUUGAAAAAAUGUUUAUUAUACUGGUCAGUUUGUUUCUUUUUUAAUGCAGCCAUAAUGAGUGAUCUGCAUCUUUGCAAGUGAAAAUGCAGCUGAGUUCACAUUUAAUGUGUUAAAGGCAUUUUGAAGCAGUGUCAGGUAUUGAAAAGCAGUUGAAAACAAUGGUUUUUAAAUUACUGUCCCUUCAAAGUAAAUUGGCUCCAUUACCUACACUCUAUAAAUUUGACUUUGCCUACUGUGUAGUAUCAAGGACUGAUUAAAAGCUUAGGUUUAUGAGCAGAGCAGAUAAAAUUCUUAGAAAUACUGGUUAUUUCACAUUAAAAAUGGUUAAGUUCAACUUGGACUGCAGAUAAAUGAAAAAAAAAAUGCAAGUGGUUUGUAAAAUUAACUUCAAGAAUGCUUAUCUGCUGCUAGGUCUACAUAAUUGGAAUGGGUGGUAAAGAUAUUCUUAACUACCAAAACUUACUAUGCACUAUAAGCUUUUACUACAGGAUUCUGUUUUUUUAAAUUUUUAAUUAUGUAUUUUUUUACAUUUCCUAGCUUGAGGCUGUUCCUGUUGUAAGGAUGAGUGUGUGCAUUGAAAUGGAGAUUAAUGCUUCAUGACAGAAUAUGACAGAUGAAAACAGGCUAACUUGCUUCACAGAAACAAAAUGUCAAAGAUAAAAAUCAGACCUUUUAAAACAUUCACUUGAGCACAGAAGUGUGCUCAUCAAAAGUGUGUUCAGCAUGAGAAUCAGCACAUACAAAAAGUGAAGGUAUUCAAGUCCAAUAUACUUGUGACAAAUGUAUUCAUUAGCUUGUUUGGUUGGGUUUUAAUUAACACCUUCCAAAUUAGUUUGAGGGAUGGCAGCCCUGUGAUUGUUUAUCAGCAGCUUUCCACUUGUUCCAGGAAUGAUUCUUUUGUUUAAAAGCUCAGUACAGGAAUAUCUUUGUAGCUGAGGCACAACAUCUUUGUAGGCUGAUGUGGAAAUUACCAAAAAAAAAAAGGUGAAAGAAACACUAGCUUUGCUGUGUGAAGUCUUCUGAGUGUUUGAAUCAAGGUGUGUGAAUUGGUACAUCUUUGGGAGGUAAAAUAAACUGAACUGACCUUUAUAAGAAACAGAUAUUCUAAGUUAUUUUACUAGGAAUCAAGCUAGGGCACUUUAAUUCUGGAACUAAUUCCUUUUUUUUUUCCCCUUAGUAUCUAAGUAAACCAAUAGAACUUGAACUGUUGAAAAUAGUUGCAUGAAAUUGCACCUGGGCCAACACUCAUGUAUUUAUAGUUUUGCCCAGCAGCUGUUGUAUUACAUUUUCCUCUUCUCACUCCCUUCUGAAAAUAUCCCAAAGAGUCUCUGACUCUGUGCCUACUUCAGCAAUGAGAUUUUUUUCAUGUAAAGAUGUUUGUGUUACUGUUUAUAAACUACAACUGUAAAUAAACCCGUACAGUUUGAACAUAA